UCCAGGCUAUCACGAGCAUGGGUUUGCGCGUGAAAUGGUGACACAUAUCAUCGAGAACGAAUGGCUGCCUACUAAAAUGAGAAGGAGGUGGCUACUCUGGCACAUAGCUGACCAGAAAGCGAAGCUGAAAGUCAUGACAUUGCUCGAUGAACACGAUGAAGAAUACACAGACAUUCCGUUUGAUCUGGAUGAGUUUGCGGCACUCCCAGUGAGAGAAGACGCGAUCAACGACAUCACAAACCUGCAUCGCUUGCCUGACUUGUCGAAGUUUACGUACCGGGAGAUGUUGGGCUACUACAGUGCUAGGUAUAGCUACGUGUGGGGUACCGAGGGUACAGCAGCGUCCUUUAAUUACAUGAUCGAUCAUGUCUUCAGGCCAGAAAUCACUAAGCGGAAGGUGGAGGAGGUAGACGAGCACGAACCAG